AUGUCACGUCGGUUCGCCUCUCCAACUCCUCGGUCACCGUUGUGCGGCUCACUGUGGAAUCUUCUUAGGUAUCAUCUAGGAUCCGCCGCACUCGGUGCUUUUAUCAUCACGCUCGUACGCGUUCCUCGCUACAUCAUAAUAUGGACGCUCGCAAGAAUGCGCUCAGUUGAGAAUGUGAUUCUGAAGAAGAUUUUGAGUUGUUUUGUGUGCAUAUUAGGAGCCGUGGAGAAAUGUCUUCAGUACAUCAACUACAACGUUUUCACCGUUAUAUCAUAUUCCGGAUUCAGCUUCUGCCCGGCUGCGAAAAUUGCCGUCAAUCACCUACUUGAUAAUGCUGUUGAUGUUGCGGCAGUGAACACUAUUGGUAGCCUGGUGCUGUUUCUCACAAAAUGCUUAGUAGCUGGUGGAACGACAAUAUAUGCAUUUUUCCGUAUGGAGGAGAUCUGGCCGUCGCUGUCACAUCCAUGGUUUCCUUUGCUGAUCACAUUCAUUUGUUCUUAUCAAAUCGCAAACUGUUUCUUAUCUGUCUAUGAAAUGGCAAUUGAUACUAUUAUGCUAUGCUGUGCCGAAGAGGUGGUACUACUGCAGGACAACCCUGAAAUGGCGCAGCAAUAUAGGGAAUAUAUGGAUGGAACAUCUGAGAUGACUCAACGCAGUGUGCGGUUUAUUGGCGCUACGCCCAUCGAUGAGAUAUAUCCAUUACGCCCUGUUGACAGGCAGGAGAAGUCCGAUUAA